UAAAUCGCAUCCAUGGCCCUUGUUUCCUUAAUAACGAAAUUGCCACCGGGUUCUGGACGUUUUUAAGACAGCAGAAGCGAGUAAUGAAACAGUGAAACAAAAAUGGGCAGCUGCGCCGUCUUACUAGCCGUCAUUUUAGCAACUGAUCUGUCUCUUUUCGUCUUUUCGUCCCGAUUAAUCCCGCGCUCACCCGACCCGCCCCCAUGCAGGAACACAGACCCGAGACCCCGCCGCUCCGACCAAAUGACUGUAGUUAUUAGUGGCUACUCGGAGCACCGGAUUCCGCUGCUCCACUCGAUUGCCGCCGCCUACUCCGCCGCGCCAUCUGUCGCCGCCGUCGUCCUCCUCUGGUGCAACCCCUCAACUUCUUCCCAUACGCUCUCGCAGCUCACGCAGAACCUCUCCGCUGCCGUCCUCCGGACGCCCUCCUCCAGUCUCAACUAUAGAUUCUACCCCUGGGAAAUCAUCAAAACUAAAGCCGUACUCAUCUGCGACGACGACAUAGAAGCCGACCCGAGUUCCGUCUCCUUCGCCUUCACCGUCUGGAAGUCCGAUCCGGAUCGGGCAAUCGGGUUUUUCGCCAGGUCGCACGCGUACGAUGUCGCAUCGAGGACCUGGAUCUACGCCAUGGAGAAGGAAAAAUACUCCAUAAUACUGACCAAAUUCAUGAUCUUAAACAUCAAGUACCUUGAGAAAUAUUCGUGCGAUGAAGAAUACGGGGAGGCUAGACGGAUAGUGGAGGAUAUGAAUAAUUGCGAAGACAUUUUGAUGAAUUUUGUGGUGGCGGAGGAAGCCCAGAAAGGGCCGGUGAUGGUAGGGGUGAAGGGCGGCGGUUUAAGGGACUAUGGGGAUGCAAGGAACGACGGCGUCUCGGAGGGAGUGAAGGAGGUGGGUCUGAGCAGUAGAGGAAGGGAGCACAGGAAGAGGAGAGGAGGGUGUAUAAGGGAAUUCCAUAGGGUUUUGGGGAGGAUGCCAUUGAAGUAUAGUUACGGGAAAAUGGUGGAUGAUGUAGGGGAACAGGGAUUGUGUGAGAAGAAUGGGAAGCUGGUGCUCUGUGAUCAACAGGAUUUCAGGGCCUAGCAAUAACUCUGAUAUCACCGACGAAAUUGGAGAUGAUGCACAAUUAAAGGAGCUGUUCCUUCCUUUCCGUGUCUAUUGCACACGCAAAGACAUACAAUGUUAUGAUGUGGUGCUGGAUGACACGGAUGU